ACGAGCGUUGGUGUGGACUCUGCUGUAACGAUGCCAUUGCUGUGUGCCCAGGUCUCUGCGGCAUCUUCUGCAUGCUCUGCCUCAACUGCCGAAUGGCCAAGGACUUUGGUGAGUGCUUUUGUUUACCCAUCCUACCCGGCAGCUCCAUGGCGCUGAGGACCGCCAUACGUGAGCGCUACCACAUCCAGGGCUCCAUAUGCGACGACUGCGUGAUGCUCACCUUCUGCUUCUGCUGCGCCACGUGUCAGAUGGCGCGAGAGAUCAAACACCAAACAACACAGCCCGGCCCCAUGCAGAUCGUGAGAGCCGCCGUCAUCGAUGAGCACAAGCAGUAGCAGCAGUAACCACAGCAGUAGCCACAGCAGUAACCACAGUAGU